AUGCAGUCCGAGUUCGACCGCGGAGUACAUUCCAUUGUGACCUCCGAUGCCUACAAUGAUCGGAACCUGGUGCUCGUCUCCGGCUUGAAUGUCGACAUAGCGCCUCCCGCCGGCGACAUGGAGGCGUUCCCGCAGACGAUGUUCCUCCCUUGGGCUGCCUUCGUUCAGCUGUCAGAUGGCUCUCAGCGCGUCAUCGAACAGGAUGCAUUGGUUACUCUGCUGCACAAGCAGUCCACGGACAACCAGGAUGCCAUGAACAUCGAAAGGGGCUUCGAAGCCUUGUACGGACAGAACGAGAAGAGGAUCCUCUUCCACAACACCCGCGACAACAAGUUGGAUGAAGUGCGCACCGUUUAA